CCCCCUUAAUCAUUCUGUUUCCUGCCACUUCAUUUAUGGACUACAGGAGCUCCAAGGGAGACAGUUUGUAAUUUCCGUUCACGCAGUCGAAGAUGGAGACGGUGAUGGAGAGGGAGUGCAGCGCGCUGGGGGGGCUUUUCCAGACUGUCAUCGGAGACAUGAAGGGCAGUUACCCCGUCUGGGACGACUUCAUCAGUAAAGCCAGCAAGCUACAGUCGCAGCUCAGGAUGACGGUCGUGGCAGUUGCCGCCUUCCUGGACGCUUUUCAGAAAGUGGCCGAUCUGGCAACCAACAGUCGAGGAGGGACAAGGGACAUCGGUUCAGCCCUCACCAGGAUGUGCAUGAGGCACCGCAGCAUCGAGGCCAAACUCCGCCAGUUCUCCAUGGUGUUUCUGGACUGUCUGAUCAACCCUCUGCAGGAGCAGAUGGAGGAGUGGAAGAGAGUCGCCAACACUCUGGACAAAGACCAUGCCAAGGAGUACAAGAAGGCCCGUCAGGAGAUCAAGAAGAGAUCUUCAGACACUCUGAAACUGCAGAAGAAAGCAAAGAAAGCUGAUGUGUUUGGUCGUGGGGACCUCCAGCCACAGUUGGACAGCGCCAUGCAGGAUGUCAGCGAUAAGUACCUGCUGCUGGAGGAGACGGAGAAGCAGGCGGUGAGGAAAGCGCUGGUGGAGGAGAGGAGUCGCUUCUGUUGGUUCGUCUCCAUGCUGAGGCCUGUUGUGGAGGAGGAGAUGUCCAUGCUGGGGGAGAUCACUCACCUCCAGACUCUGACAGACGACUUGAAGGCACUAACCAUGGACCCACACAAGCUGCCCGCCUCCAGUGAGCAGGUUAUCGUAGAUCUGAAGGGGUCUGAGUGCACCUGGUCCUACCAAACUCCACCCUCGUCACCGAGCACAACAGUAUCCAGGAAGUCCAGCAUGUGCAGCAGCCUGAACAGUGUGAACAGCAGCGACUCGCGCUCCAGCGGCUCACACUGCCACUCCCCCACCACCCAUUUCCGUUAUCGCGCCUCCUCCUCCUCCUCGUCCUCAGUGCUGCCCCAGCAGACACCUGCCCGCCUCUCCUCUGUCUCUUCGCACGACUCGGGCUUUAUCUCCCAGGACGCCUUCCAGUCCAAAUCACCGUCACCAAUGCCGCCAGAAACCUCACAGUCGUGUGUCCCUGCUGUAGUUUCUCAGUCUGUCACCGAGGAUCCUUCCUCCUCCUCCUCACCCUCACACAAUGUCUCCUGCUAUGGGCUACAACAGUUGUCAAAUGGUUUUGACCUUCACGCUGCCCUCUGUCUGCAAGGAGCAGUACUGCAGGCCCAGGAAAACCACCUCCACCCUCCAUACUUCACCCACUCCACCACCUCCCCCAUCUCCUCGCCCUCCUAUUCGUCUGUCUCUCCCAUGUGGCCGUGGUCUUGUUCAGUCUUCAGCCAAGCAGCAGACUUCCCUCCUCUCAGCCCCUCGGGGCUCGGCGUGAUCCCGUCAUCCAGAAUCCCGUCCUGGAAGGACUGGGCCAAACCGGGCCCAUACGACCAGCCGGUGGUCAACACCCUGAGGAGGUGCAAGGACAGGAGAGAGCAUACAGAUCCCAGCAGCCACCAGGGUGCUGAUGCCACCACACCAGGGGAGGAGCCACAGGGGAUUAAAGGGAGCCGCUCUCUGACAUCACCCAAGGAGGACAGGGAGGCUCACGAGGAGCUGGCCAGAGCACUGGCCCGAGGCCUCCAUCUAGACAUCCACGGCUCCAGUAGAGACUCGCUGCAGGGCUCCAGCGGCUAAAGCAGCCAGACCCACACAGAGGACACCAUCCCCUCACAAGUAUCAGACUGUGACUGCUGCUCUGUGGGAGUGGAUCAGGAAGGUGAGCAGCAGCAGUCACCCGAUAAAUCCUCCACCAUCCCCAGGAACAGCGAUAUCGCUCAGUCCUAUCGUCGUAUGUUCCAGUCCAAGCGCCCUGCUUCCACUGCUGGCCUGCCCUCCAACCCCUCUGCUGUAAUCACGCCGGGUGUCGCCACCAUCCGACGGACACCGUCCUCCAAACCCAACCUGCGGAGGCCCUCCGGAGGACUCAGCCUGGGCCCCAUUCCCAUCAAGCCCCCCAUGAUCCCAGUCAAGACCCCCACUGUGCCUGAACAGCCCGGUUUCCCCGGCAGUACACCACGGACCCCACUCAGCCCCCCAACCACUCCUUUGUCACCAGGCAGCAGCCUUCCUUUGUCACCGAAGUCAGGCCCCUGGGACACCCAGCAUCUGUGCAAGGGAUCCAAUCCCCCUACCCCACCACCACAGCCCAGCGGUCGGAUGAUAGAGUGGGAGCGCCGUCCACUCCCCGAGCUCCUGGAGGAGACGGAAUAUGGCGAGGUGGAAGACUUUCUGGUGGCAAUCCGACGAGGCGUGAAGCUCAAGAAGACGAUGACCAACGACCGUUCAGCACCACGUAUUUACUGAGAUGAAAAGGUUCGGUCCAACUUGAACCACUUUGCAUCCCUGGCUGAAUUUCAGUCCAUCUAUGGGGACACAAAAUGGUUGUUAUUAUAAAGUAAAUGCACACGGGAGCUUUGACAUUAAACAGAUGCCUAGAAUUGGAGGAAGUUGCCCAGAGAGUCUGAUCAAGGAUCACUUCUGAAAUGUUCUCAGUAGCUGGUGAAUUUUAGCAACAUUAAAUAUUUAAAGGUAAAAACUCUGCUCCUUCACUGUUUGGCCGAAGGGUCAUUAUUGUUUAAUAUAAUGAAUAUUUCACAUCAGAACAAACAAAGCUAGAUGAGGCCAAAAUGUAGAUGCCUCUGCUUUGACCAGUGGAGAGUUCAGAGGUUUGGUUUGGGUCACGCUGAAUGAAACUGCUAAGAAAUGGCAAAUCUGAACCAAAACUAAAUAUCCAUCAAGAAUGCAAACCUUAUCAAAAGGAAAGUCGACUUGCUCAGGCCAAGAACUUUCCCAAAGUGCCACACGGUGUUGCUCACUAAGCUCUUCGCCCUUUAAAACGAGGCCUGCGGCGUCUUGCAAGUGGAAACCUGUCAGUAUUGCACUAGUUCCCUUUUGAGGUUACUAAUGGGAGCCACUGAUCUGAGAUCAUUUCCUCAGGGCAACUUCAGACUGUCAGAGAAGUGAGGAAGGUUACUUUACUCACCAUGAACACGUCAUCUAAGGCCAGUGUUGUAGCAGAAAAGCCUGAAAAGAAAAGUCGAUCUUAACGUGUAGUAUUAGGAAGAAGCGAUGAUAGUGCAAAAUUCUUGAAGAUAAAACUGGAGUAUUUCCAAAAGAUCAAAUCAUUAUUUCUAUGUACAUAAUUAUAUUUUGAUGUUUUGUUUGUCAUAUACUUUUUUCCAUACCUGUAGUUUCCCAUUUUCCACUAAAAGUGCCAAAAGCCUGUGUGCUGAAUUUAACUUGAAUAUUCUCUCUAAUUUAAAUUGCACUGGAUUCUUUUUUCCCUGUGAAAACACAGGGUGUUCAAACUAGAAUCUAGAAGGCCUGAAAGAAAAAUGGAGCUUGUUCGCAACCUAUAAGAGUCACUGUAGAUGUAGGGUAGCUUACUGAAGAAGUACAGAGUUUGUUGUUCCAGUUAUUAACACCGCAUGCAGUAGACUGACCUGAAAUGUUCUUAACAUUUCCCUCAGUAUAAACAAAUCAUUGUGACUCUUAUAUUAGAACUUUAAGUCGGUUAAGGCCACAUUAUCCCGGCAGCGGAUGAGUAGUGGAUCAGGAACUGUGGACGCCUAUGACUCGAGAGAUCCGACACAACGUUCAGCCUUUGAACCUCUAAACUAAAAAGAUGUAAGGGAUUACUUGAUAAUGAGUCCAAGUUUAUUUCCUCCUUCCGAAAUGUAUUUUUGUAUAGCAACAAAUUUAUGUGAAGCACUUCGAAGGUUUUGAACAAAUUUGAAAACGAUCAGUUAUUUACUGUUACAAACGAGCUGUAAUAGAAACAAUUGGUCUAUUAAUCAAUAGAUGACUGAGAAAAAUGAUUGGCAACUAUUUUCAUAACUGAUUAUUUUUUAACAUUACAAAUAUGAUCAUUUUUCUCCCUAUGACACUAAAUUGCUGGGGUUUUGGGCUGUUCACUGAACAAAAUGACAACCACAGGCUUUGGGAAUUUUUCACUAUUUUCUGACAUUUUAGCCAACAAUGGCGAAUAUCAACAGAUUCAUCGAUGAUAAAAUUAUAAUCACUAGUUGCAGCACUAUUGCAAACAGACAAUCUGUCAGUUUCUCGGCCUCCAUGUUCAAAAGCCGUCGUCCCUGUUCAUUGUUCUACUUUUGCCAUGUUGUGAACCCAUUGACUAUGUAGCGGCUGUACACCGUUCGCGCCCUUCGAGUCCAGCACCAGAGGUUAUGACGGUGUUGCUACCUAGCAGCAGUCAUUGGAGCAUUGUGAUUAGUGCGUCAGUCUGUUGUAGUGAAGCCUGUGUUCAGGGGGUGAGCUGGGUUUAGUUGGCACAAACGUUGCCGAGCAGCAGUACGUUGGAGUCGCCUGCUUUAGAUCAAGUUUACACGCAUUUUAAUUGUUUGGUUACUUUUCUGUGAAACCUCUAACAGUCUGCUUCUUAGCUUUGUGCUGUCUAGGGUUAUUAAUUGGAGGCAACCUGCUUACACUUUUAACCAGUGGUGUGCAUACCGGCUUCCAAGCCCUUGGAAUCUAAGGGGAGAGAUGCGGGGGGUCGCUAGAGGGUGGUCACGUGAUGGACUAAGGCAGCUGAGGGGGGUGGGCAGCCCGGCCCUUUGGCACUGCAGCAAAGAGUGGGGAGCAGAAGUUACAGCAAAUGUUAGUUCUCAGAAUUACAUUGGUUUUACCAACCACAUGGCUUUAUUAUUAUGGCAAACCACGCAGGACAUCUUCUUUAAAAAUACAUGUUGUCUACUGAUCAGCUUAAGACAGUCCUGCAUCUGACACACUUCUAGCCUUAAUUUGUCAGUACUUAUCUUGUAUUGUACAACUAUAAACACUAAUAAUCGUGAGAUAUCUAUCAAAAUAAUGCAUUAAAUAACUAGAUUUAACAAAAUUAAUUUGUUUGCAGACACCCCACAGAGAGUCAACACUGAUCCACUGUGAUCCAGCUGUAGUGUAAACAAGUGUGAACACUUAACAUGGUGCUGGUGCUAACUCGGCUGCCUUCAUCCGGACCCCGGGCCUUGCACGUCCCAGUCCGAGAGGCUUUGUGGACUGAAUCCUAGCUUAGCUCUUUAAUUGCUGAUUACAGCCCUAAAUGCACAAUUUGACUGGUUGAAAACUAUUCAGAAACACAGUUAAUGUUCUGAUUUUGCUCAUGUGCACUUUUCACCUACCACCACAGCACAUAUUUAUUUUGUCAGAUUUUUUUUUUUUGGUUGGCUUCAGAACAUUUCUAAAGACAGCGCUGCCCUGCACAGAGCAGCUCGAUGGCACCGGAUCUGUGACCUCUGUUAGCUGUGGCUCAAUGCUAUAAACUAACAUUCAUGCAUAACUACAAAUAUAACCCUGUGAUAACUUGUAAUUACUAAAUGUCAACCAGUCCCAUGAGCUAAAAGUCUAACUUGUGUUAGCAGGUGAUCAGCAUAACAAGCUGAAAUACACAAAACUCUCAUUGCUACUGUACAGUUAGUCGUCAUGUGACAAAUUAUUUAUUCAUUUAUAUGUUUUCUCCAUUUAAUUUUAGUUUCCACAUCGUCUGUCUCUAAACUGUCCUGUUGAGCAUAUAAAACCUAUUAACAAAUGUAUUUAAUAUGCAUGUUGUAUUUUUUAGUUAAAGAUUUAAUAGAUUUUUUCUACUACAACUACUUAUUACUUUUUCCUCUACUGGACCAGAAUGCAUUGUGGCUCCCGGCAAAUAUCAUCCUACAGGGAUCACCAAUGUUUCUUAUUUUGUGUGACAGCAGUGUGUGUAUGAUGACUGAGGCGCGUCCGUCUCAUCUCCCUCCUCACCCUGUUUAUAUUUAACCUGCAGGUUGACGAAUACAAUCGUGUAGCUGAUGCGAUAACAAGCGCGUGAAGCUGAAUGUUCAAGCCUGUGAGGAACUGUGUAACCGUGCGUGUUGUCAGUGAUGUGCGUGACACACACCGGGGGUCAGAGAAGUGAUGAUCAGAAACAUCUAGAAAAUCAUUUGAUCUGUUAUGUGACAGACAUUUUUACAAGUCCAAUCAAAAAUCACUUGUCCGGUCCUCAGUGUGUGUGUGUGGAGGCCGGUUUUGUACUUUAAGUAAAGCAGCUGUUAGUGUCACGGCCUUAAGACGUUCAGACUUUUCCUUUGAGACUAGUUGCCAAAUGUCCUACAGUAUAUGCGACGUUAAUGCCCAGGCCUUGUUUUUUGUAAGAUAGUUUACUUAUUUAAUGAUUUCCCUUGUGCAUUUCAGAUAAAUAUUAAUGAUAUAAGCAACAUUUCAGCCAAAGAAACAUGGAUAAGUUACUUUGGAAAGUUAGUGCAGGAGAAUCGCGUAACUAAGCUUCGUCCUGCAGGCGUUAAAACAGGUUUGGGAUCGAAUAGCCGGUGUGAACAGAAAAGCAAAGUUAAAGUUAUUUAAAUGUCACAACUUGGCCACCAACAAAAUUUUAACUGUGACUUGGGGAAUCUCUACAUUACACAGAUUAAAACUACAAUGAAGAUAAAUCAUAAUAAAGCUUCUUCAAAAGACCUGGUUUUGAUAUAAAAUCUAUUUUUCAUUAACAGAACAGGAGCAUCUUGGUAACAAAAUGCAGCAGCUAAUGUUAAAACUGAGAAAUGUCCCUCUAACAGGGUUAACACUUUACUGAAGCCACUGAUCUGUCCUCUAUUUUGUUUGGGCCCUAAUAAGGUUCCUAAUUUUAAAAAUGACACUUGAGAGAGAACAAGUUGGUCAGUUAGACCAUUUUAAAUGUGGUAAUAAUCACUGAUUAGGUACAUUGACUGUUUACUUGAUUUUAGCUGAAACACCAAUAAGAUUCUACUUUAUCAAAAUACUACAUGAAGGUAAAAGGUUUUGUCCCACAGCAGUUGUAGUGAGUUGUACUCUGAGUCAUUGCCUCUUAUAUCCUAAGAUUAAAAAAUGAUCA